UCGGGGUGACAACUGCGCCGGUUGCGCCGGUUGUGGCGGCGGCUGACGAGAGCUGCGGGUCCGGCCGUGGAGGUGGCCGAGGCGAAGUGGAGGGGUGGGCGAGGAGGGCUCGAUGCGAGGCCGCGGCGGUGCGGGGCUGCCUGAAGCGGGGACCAGGAGAUGGCGGGGGGGGCCGGCGAUGGUGGCCGUGGAGAGGCCAGAGCGGCUCAGUGCUGAGCGGGGGCCGCGAUGGCGGUGAUCGCGGCAGGACGGACCCGGCGCGCUCUCACCGCUGCCCCGAGGGCUGCUGCCGCUUCGGCUCCGGCUCCGCGCUGACUCAGAAGGUCGUUGGGGCUGAGGGAAAUCUGGAGGCACGCCAGCCGCCUCCUCCUCCUCCUGGGCCCGGUGUUUGCCGUGCUCCAGGUGUGGCCCUUCCUGUCCUCGCCGUGGCCCCGUGCAGGGCUGUCCUCGUGUCCCAUCCGCGUCCCGUCCGGAGCCGCCCGCAGGGUGCGAGGCGUGGAGGUGUGGAGCUGUGCCACGCUCUGCUCGCACGGCUGCUCCCGGUGGCGGCGGUCACAGGCGGGGUGGCACGGCUCCGUCCCUGCCGUGAGGGAUCCCGGCUGUGUCACACGGCCGUCCUUCCCGCAGGGCGCGGCGGUGCCGCCCGGCUGCCUUCACCUGGAAUUUUCCUCCUCCGUUUGCCCCGGGGGGUUCGUUCCCAGAACCGCGGCUUCGAGAAGCCCACUGAGAUGUGCGAUAAGGAAGGAGGGGCCGGGCCGUGCGGGGGGUCCCUGAGAUGCUGCCUGGGCGCAGCACACGGAGCGCGCACUGCUGCGAGCCUGAAACCUGAGCAGAAAAAGCAAGCCGUGCCAAAGCAUGUGAUAUUCCUCCCUGCAGGAGCGCCGCUCCAGCUCUGUCAACCCUUUUUUUUAUUUUCAUUUUUUAUAAUUAAUAAUUUUUCCUGAAGUUUUACCAUUCACCCGCAGAUCAGCAGUCACAGCCCCAGCCCGCACCCCGCGCUGUGUUAGCAGGGCGCUGCAGUACGCUCAGCAUCCCGGCACCCAGGAUGAGGGGCUGUGCAGUGUCCCCAUGCGGGUGGCAGCGCUGGGGUUUCUGUGCCCCUAUGGGCUGUGGGUUCCCCGCAGAGCCGCUCGGAGGUGCGAUGUGGAGCAGCGCGUGCGGGUCUGAAUCACCCUGCUGGCUCCGGCACUCAGCAGCCCCACCCUGCUUAACCGCCUCCAGCCCGGCUGUGCGCAUCCCCGGGGCUGUGCUGCGGCCUUUCUGCCCGCUGACCUCAGGCGGGUGCUGUGUGCCGUCCUUCCCCGCGUAGCAGGGCCUCUCCGAGCAGCCGGGGAGACGACGCUGGUCCGUGUUGUGCAGUGAUGUCCCCGCAGUGCUGCGCAGUGUGGGUGCAGAGCUCGGCAGCGCCGGGUGCUGUGUGAAGCUGUGGGCUCUGCCCAACCUGGCAGUGCUUCCAGGCGUCGAGCUGGGAACUGUGGGAUGGGGAAGAGGAGCACUUAAGCAGGUCACGGUGGGCUCUGGCUGCUGGCGCUGUGCUCUUCUCUCUGUGUCUUUGUGGUGCUGAGCUCUGCAGCAGCCGUGGCUCUGUUGUUGCCCUCCAUUUGCGUGGCUGUGGGUGUGGGGUGCAGCUGUGGGUCAGGGCUGUUCUUGCUCCUCAGUGUCAGCUGGGUCCGGAUUGCUCAGCACUGACAGCAUGGGAACUGCAGGAUGAAAGCAAUUCCAUUUUGGAUCAGUCCUGUGGCCCAUCUGAUGGGAAAUCCCAGCUCUGUCUGCUCAGCUGAGCUGGGAAGAGCAGGGAUGCUGUCAUCCUGACGGAUGGAUCUCAGCGGAGGAAUGGCACUGGGCAGGGGCAGCCCUUGUGAAGGAUGGAACCCCCUCCUGCUGGAUGCUCUUGGUCCCAGCACAGCCUGGAGGAGCGGCCGCAGCAUCCGUGAGCACUUGGGUGACAGCCACAGGCACUUCCACUGCUCCAACGCGUGUUGGCGGCUGGAAGAUGGAAAAAGAAAGAAAUGUGUGAGCUGGAGGAGUGCAUGCGAGCUGCAGCCCUCGCUCGGGUCGUUCUGCCCUCCUGCAGAGGAGGAGCACCGCUCGAUGCCCAGGGUGUGCAUUUCCCCGAUACUGUGGUGACUCUGGAGCUGAGGGUGUUGUCAGCCCUCGGGAUGUUGGGUUGGGGUGAAGCAGGGGCCUCUGCUCCUGCAGCCCUGCAGUGCCGUGGGGCUGCUUUUCCUGCUGUCUGCAGGAGAUGUUUUGGUUGGGAGCAAGGGAGCUGAAAGCUUUCUCUCUCCCUGUGUGAGCAGUGCUUGCAGACCCAUGGGGGGCUGACAGCCUCUUAACCGUCAGCAGCGCUGUGUGCUGGAGCAGGGGGGUGUGAGCAGGGGGGUGUGAGCAGGCCCCUGCAUGGCCAUGUGCUGGGGGUGUUGGCCCAGAUUUUGGCUAUGGCUUUAUAUGGGCCUCACAGCAUUGCUCGUGAUUCCCCAGUGAAGUAAAGGAAUCGAUGUUCUAAGAGCCCUAAAUGAGCGUUGGCUUCUUGCCUUUGAUGCCAGCUUCGUGCAGCAGCAGCAGACUUCCUGAGUGCUGGGGUUGAGAACACAGCUUUGAACGCACGCAGUGGCUGCACAGCGGGGCUGAGCGCUGCGGGGCUGCGUGUGCUGCUCUGAUAGCAGCUCGGUGCCUCUGCCCCCCACGUCCCCCAUCUCCGCUGUCACACGGCAGCGCCGUCGCCAUUUGGUGUCAAUGUGUUCUGGUCCCGAGCUGUGCUGAAGUGCAGGAGGUCGUGGGGAGGUGGCGGUGCGGUGCUGCGCUCCUCCUGCUGCCCGCUCCAUCCGCGCAGUCACGAAUUUGUUAAAUCUGCAGAAGGCAGAGAGUGACACUUCAGAAAAUGUGAACAACAGGAAUCCGCCGGCCGGGCCCGGAGCCACCGAACAAAGAGAGGUGUGUCCUCAACCACAGCUAUUCCACCUGGAGACAACUGCAGGAAUUGCUCUCACAAAUAGCGUUCCGUAAGAGCCGAUAAAACUAUUUCACCAGGGUCGUGUUUCCUUUUAGAAGGAAGGUUUUAUUUCAUAAGACAAUAUCAUCAUUGACUUCGUCUCCGGCACCAGGGGGAACGCAGGCCAGCGGAGGGCGAGGAGCUGGGCAGGGAUGAAGUGAAAAAUCCUUCACCUGCCAAAGGAGCAGAGGAGCAGAGCCCUGUGCCGAGAGCUGCGCUGCCCCGGGGCGAGGAGCUGCGCGGUGCUGACAGCCUGGGCUCCGGCUGCAGCAGGAACUAAUGUGAAACCCUCCUGGUUAUGUAUUGCUGUUAAUGAUUGGGGAUCUCGAGUGGGGGUUUUGUGUCACCUUUGCCUCUCUGAGCUUUGCUUCCCCAUUAAGGGAACAAGGGCUGAAUUCCUUUCUCAUUCAGGCAGUGCGGCUCCCGCUCUGUUUGCUCGGGGAUGGGGUCAGUGCAGGGACUGAUCCUUCCCUGAGGGGCACAGGGGGGUCUCUGCCCCACAGGAUGUGGGCUGCCCACCUGGCGGAGCGAGUGUGUGACCACACCAGGAUUGGAUGCGCAGGGGUGAUGAGAUCUGUACCUCACUGUCCAUCUCCCUGCCCCUCCACCCUGCUCUUGGUGGGGCUGGCUCUGACCUUGGCUCUGCUCCCUGCUGGAGCCCCCGGAGCACUGUGGCAGCUCAGUAGGAGCUGGGUGCUGGAGCAAAAGGGAAGUGUCUGCCUGUAUCUGGGGCAGUGCUGCAGGCUCCAGCCCCCUCUUUUUUGCAGGGAGAGAAGUGAAAAUGCUUUUCUUCAAGCAGUGUUUGGUGAAGCUGUGUCACGGCGGAGGGGGGAAGUGUGCAGUGUUGGGGUCUGCAUGUCACUGAAGCAGCAGUGCCAGGAUGUGGGGGUAGCGUGGAGUCACCCCGCAUUGCUGAGCAGGGAGCUCUGACUCUUGCUCGUGUGCCCAUGUCCUGAUUUGGUUCCAGGGCUGCCCUCAGCAGGGUGCUGCAGCGAUGGGCCACGCUGAUGCAGCACCGUGGGGUCGGGCUCUGCCCCACCACACGCUGGUGGGAACCCGAGCAGUGUUAAUUCCGCUGCAGAGGAGGAGGCUGAAGUCCACAGGUGAACUCAUUGUGGAUCACCUCGGGAGGUCGGCACGGGGCGUCCGGCUGAUAAUUUUUGUACAUCACCUCCAUAGUUGUAGUGCUGCGCCUUCACCACGAAACCAUCCUUCCUAUUUAUCCGCGCCUUCGCUGAAUCACCAAAGGAACAUAAACACUGCCGGUGGGAAUUGCCCACCCUCUGACCAGCUGACCCCUCCCUGCCCUCAGAGCGUUUAAUUUUCUCAUUAAAACCAGAAGGGAGAGCUGCACUUCACACGGGCGGGCUGCUCGCCGUGCCCACGCGUUUCGCAGCCGCCCGACUCCGGGCUUGUCUGUGCAGAAUCACCGCCGUUGCAGCAGCGCCGCUUUGAGCUGCCCGCACGCAGCCCCGUCCUGCCGGCUGCCUGCAGAAGUGCACGGCCGAGAGCCGCCACGAGGCCGUGGGUUGGGAUCGGCCGGGGGGGAGCGGGGGGCAGCGAUGUCCAAGUGCAGCCGGCUGCGCUCCGGCCGCAGCUUCGGGCGGCAGAUGCUUGGAACUUCAUCGCCUGGCUGCCCCUCGGGGAGGGCAGGACGGGCUGUGCCCUUGGGGCUGCGGGUCCCGGGACCCCCAACCCCCCACCCCGGGGCCACAUCUCCCACAGUGCAGAGCUGUGCCCAGGGCACGCAGAAAUUGUUGCGGGCUCAACUCGGCUUUGUCAACUCGUGAGCUGGGAUGGCCGUGGCCGCUGUGCCGAUAGAAUGACCGGCAGAUAGCAGAACCCGGAGAGCAGAGCGGGGCCGGGGGGGCCGUAAACCCCGUGCCUGUGCUCCCACCCACGGCGCCCACCUCGAUCCGGGGCUGGGAGGGCCGCUGGGCGCUCCCGGGAGGCCACUCCUCUCCUCCUGUGCCAUUGGCUCCGGCAGAGCCGGCUGCGAGCUGGGCUCCCGCAGCGAUGGGAGCGGGCGGCCGGGAGCCCUGCGCUGUGGGCCCCCCCGGCAGCCCCCUCAGCACCGCCAUGUAGGGCCGCGGCAUCCUCCGCCCGGAGGCGGUGGAGGCUGAGAUCGGAGCCAUGGGCAACGCGUACCGCAAGAGGAGUCCCGCGGGCUCCCCCUGGCCGUGGGGUCGGGCUGGGAAGCCGAGGGCAGGUGCUGCCAAGACCGAGAACGACAGGCGGCUGAGCGUGCAGUACAGAGCAGGUGACGAAUGCCCCGACAACGUCUUCUUCCCCAGCACGCGGCCCCCGCACCUGGAGGAGCUGCACAACCAGGCCCGCGAGGGGCUCAAAUCCCUGCAGCACCAAGAGAAGCAGAAGCAGACCAAAAGUGCCUGGGACCAAGGGGACACCAACAGCCUCCAGUCCUGCGCGUUGUCGGAGGAUGACAGUGUGUCCUUACGGAGCCGGGCGGCCUCCUGCCUCACCGACAGCGCCUCUGAGGACGCCCUCUCCAUCCGCUCUGAGAUGAUCCAGCGGAAAGGUUCCACAUUCCGACCGCACGAUUCCUUCUCCAAAUCUUCAGAGAAGGCUGGCAGGAAGAGGAAGGAGAGGAGGACAACAGUGCUGGGCAUCCCCCAGCACGUCCAGAAGGAGCUGGGUCUCAGGAACAGCCGGGAGAUCAGGGAACGUCCCACAGAUGGGCACGUGGGCAGCCGGGCACCGCAGCCCCUGCUGAACGGCGGCCAGGUCUCCGGUGACGCCAUCCGUAUCCCCACCAUCGAUGGGAACCUGCCACCACUGGAUGUCCCCGGGGGAGCCCGCGUGCGCCUGGGAGUCUUGGAGGAAACAGACACGGCCCUGCAGAAGCACAUUGACCGGGUUUACUACGAUGACACGUUGCUGGGGAGGAAGACGUCGGCCAAACUGUCGCCCAUGGUGAGGCCGAAGUCUCUGGCCGUGCCAGGCAUGACCACCAGCGCCAACCCCCCGGAUCUGCUGAGCCCCGUCAUGUCCAUCUCACCCCAGGGCACCUACAUGUCCAAGAUCAUCCCCAACGCCAUCCUGCCGCCUAUGGUGGACGUGGUGGCCCUGACGAGGAGCAGCGUGCGGACACUGAGCCGCUGCAGCCUGGUGUCUUCCAGCCCUGCCUCGGUGCGCUCUCUCACCCGCUUCUCGGAGCGCAGCACCCGCAGCCGUGAGCCCUCCUCCUCCAGCGACAACUGGAGCCACUCGCAGUCCACCGAGACCAUUGUCUCCAAUAGCUCCACCAUCUCCUCGCAGGGCGGCUCCGACCGCCGGCAGGCUGAGGCCGGGCUGUGCAGCGAAGCCGACAGCGCGCGACGCUCCGACGCCGAUCAGAUGAGUGUGUACAGCUCUGCCAGCUUUGCCAGCGCCUGCUCCAAGCCUGCCGUGGCUGCAGUGCACACAGCACACGGGCUGCUGGCCGUGGGGCCCCGCAGUGUGGGCGGCAGCAGCGGCCGCACAUCCCCCGCCUUCAGCACCAGCAGCCAGGCUGAGGGCUCGGACUCGGGCAGCCUGGCGAGCGAGCGCUCCUCGGCACGCAGCGUCUCCCUCAGGAAGAUGAAGAAGCCCCCGGCACCCCCUCGCAGGACAUUCUCGCUGUACCAAAAGGCGGAGGGGGAGCACAAGGUGCUGGGGCUGCCCCCCAAGCCCAACCGGCGGCCACAGCAGGCGAGCGAUGUGCCGUGGUCCCCGCACCCUGAGCCCUUCAGCCCGACGGUUGAGGAUGAGGUCUUCUCGUCGCUGAGUGAGACCAGCAGCAUCCGCUCUGAGAGCUUGGCUGGGACCAACUCCCCCAAGACCUCACGGGGCAGCCCUGGUGAGCGGGGAAUUACAGUGGUGCUGAGGGAACCCUCAGCUCAGCCCAAGUGGAGCUGCCCAGAUGGCUCUGACCGCACCAUGUCACCCUCCAGCGGAUAUUCCAGCCAGAGUGGGACGCCCACGCUGCCUACCAAGGGGCUGGGACCCCCGGCCGCAUCCCCAGGCAGGGUCCAGCCCCAGAAGCCGGACCGGGUCUGCUCCUUACAGUCCCCCGCGCUGUCUGUCUCCUCCUCCCUCACCUCUAUCUCCUCCUCUGCCUCAGACCCAGUGCCCUCUGAGACACCGCACUGCGUGCAAAGCCGCUCGGAUAGGUUUGUCAUCCCGCCGCAUCCCAAGGUGCCUGCUCCCUUCUCCCCUCCGCCCACCAAACCCCAGACACCUACUGCCCCCGCCGGCCCUCUCACCCCUUCACUGGACCCGUCGGUGCCCAGCGCAGCAGGGCAGGAGCCCUCCACCAAACCCAGCACCAAAUCACCACCGCCAUCACCACCGCCCGCCUACCACCCGCCUCCUCCACCGGCCAAGAAGGCAGAGGUGAGCCCCGAGACUGCCUGUGAGGCCCCCACGGAGGCUACCUGGCCCCCACCGCCCCCCCCGGCCCCUGAGGAGCACGACCUGUCCAUGGCAGACUUCCCCCCUCCAGACGAAGCCUGUUUCUCCAGCCUGCCCCCGCCUGAUGCCGUGCUGACCCCAGCAGCAGGGCAGAACCAUGCACCGAGUACAGCUGCAUCUUCCUCCUCCUCAACCACCAUCCCCUCGUGCGUCCAGCAGCAGGGCUCACCGCCAUCCCCCGCCACGCCACUUCCCGGAGCCACCGUGCCACCACCCGGGGCCACCGUGCCCCCACCACCACCUCUGCCACCGCCGUCAGCUCCUGCUUUACCGCCCCAGAUCUGCCUUAAGAAGGCGGCGAACGGCUCCCGGGCAGACAGCAAGAAGGAGCCAGCAUCGCGCAGCAAGAGCGGCCCGGUGCCCAAGGAGGACGCCAGCCUGCCCAUCGUCACGCCCUCACUGCUGCAGAUGGUGCGGCUGCGCUCCGUCAGCAUGGAGCCGCCCGCUGUGGCCGAGGAGCGCGCGGUGCCGCAGAAGCCCAUCCGCCGGGCCCUGUCCACGCGGCAGCCCAAUUCUGCCAAAGAUGCGGUGCCUUCAAACCCGCUCCAUGCUGCUGUGCACCUCAAGGCCUCCGCUGCGUCCUCCAGUGAGGCUUCUGGGCCGGCCGCAAAACCCCCGGGCGGCAAAGCGGCUCCUCCUGGCCUGGAGGCGCCUGCCAGCGACGGGCAGCUGUCCCCCAGGCACAAAUCCCCCACCUCCACCGCCAGCUUCAUCUUCGCCAAAAGCACCAAGAAGCUGGUGAUCGAGACGCCCUCAUGCCCCGAGGCACAGGCCGACCUGAAGAGGAACUUGGUCACCGAGCUGAUGAAUUUCUCCGGGCAGCGCUCAGCAGCCCCGGCUGCUGCCCAGCAGGGCCCAGGCAAGGCACCGGUGCACCGAAAGCCUGGCAAAGUGCCCCCUCCUGUCGCCAAGAAGCCUUCGCUCGGCCUGGGGCCAUCUGCAUCACCCCUGAGCCCAAAGGCACCGGAGGCGUUGGGCUCCCCUGCGCCAGAUGGGAAAGUCAAGGCAGUGGCAGUGGAGGAGGAGAGCAGAACCGGCAGCGAGUCGGUGGGAAUGGCUGAGGGCAGAAGCGCCGCGGUUGCAGAGCCGCCAGCACAAGACAAACAGGGAGAGACGGCCUGAAGGAUGGAGUUGCAGGACUGGUGCCCCCGCGGACAGGAAUCCAAAUCUCUCAGGGACCUGGGCAGGUCAACGGAUGAGUGUGGAACUGGCAACUAACUUAACACAGGAAGCAAACAGCCUUAGCCUCCAUGGCCUUGAUGAUAUUUAUGCAAAAAUGGUGUUGGUUUCACUUUCCUAAGUACUACAGCUUUAUUUUGCAUUAUUUUUUUUACUGGACUCGAGGCCUGCCCCCAGAGCCAGCGCUCCUCCCUGCCGCGCUGCCGCGUGGUUUGCGCGUGUGAGCAGAGCAGCUGCGCAGAGAGGAGGGCGAGGGGCUGCAGCCACGCGGGUGAGGACACGGGAAGAGGACAGCGCUGGAUCCAACCUGCUCCCGGCCAGCUGGGCCUAUGAGGAAUCAAAGCACUUUGGACAAAGGAACUGGAAGGCUUCGGCCACGGCCGCCCCUGGGAGGACUUGGGCAGCAGGAGCUGUGUGAGACAGAGCCCUGGAUGGAGUGGAAGGCGCUGCAGCCCUGGAGAAAAGCACGAGGGUCUCUGGGCUGGCACUGCUCCCUGCCCGCAGCUCACCCUGCUGCUGGGCACAGCCAGCUGGGAGCCGUGCGGCUGCAGCAGGAGCCCUGUGAGCUGCCGUUCAGGCCCUGGGCUGUGGGGUGGAACCUUGAUUUCUGUUUCUGUAAACUUUGGUCACAUUUUGAUUUCUUUGAUUGUAAGAAAAAAAAACAAACAACAACAAAAAAACAAAACCAAACAACCCUCUGCCGCCAAGUAGCCCCUCAGAGCUCUGUACCUGGCUGGUAAAGAUGAUGACUGAA